UACGAGCCGCCCAUCGCGCCCCUCAACGCCGCAGGUCACAAUGCGAUCAUCACUCUCCUGAACGCGCCGUCCCUGCGACAGCUGCAAACGCACAUCCAGCGCGCCGAGGAGAAACUGACCGAUUCGGCGGGGGAGGUCAACGAGCGGCUUACGGAUGCGCGGGUGCGGUAUCAGAAGGAGAGGGCGCGGAAGCGGAAAAGGGCGAAUGGGGAGACGCCUGGUGCGGAGGGUGUCGGUGCAAAGCAGGAGGAGGGGGAGGACGGUGAUGAUGAUGACGAUGAUGAUGAUGGGGAGGAGAUAAACCGGCUUGCGCGCUUGGAGGAGCAGGUUCAGAGUGUUACGGAGGAAUUGGAGGCACGGAUGCGGCAGACGAUUGAUGCGGAGAUGAAGCUUGAGGGGUUGAAGGGGGUGCUGGCGGAUAUGGCCAAGGAAGCGGAGGAGGCUACCGUUGCGGGUGCUGGAGCUAGGGCUACGGGACUACGGAGUCGGCGGACGAGGCGGAGACGAGGCGAUGGCGAGGAGGAUCAGGACCCCGAAGAGGACGGUGAUGAGGACUACGAAGCGACGCCCGAGCCGCAGAUGACUGGUAUCCCGUUUAGCCGGCGGCUAGAUCAGAAGCUGGAUGAGGAGUCGGCGCGGUGGACAGGUCAAUCUUUGACUCAAAGAUACUCCACGAACAACGCCUAUGUCGGCUUCUAUCGCAUCAUCCAUGACGCCAGACACCCCGGCGACGACAUCCCGCCGCUGCCACAUGCCUCCACUUGGUUCGCGCACAUGGAAGAUCCCACCGCAACUACAACCUCCACAACCGACCAGACGUCGGCCCGACGUACCCGCCAACGCCGGAGCCCCUCGCCCGCAGACUCGGACGAGAUCGCCAUCGAGCGCGAGCGUAUCUCUCUCAAAUGCCCCCUCACCCUGCUCCCCUUCCGGGAUCCCGUCACCAGCACCAAAUGCCCGCAUAGUUUCGAGCGCGAGGCCAUCACCGAUAUGAUAGCACACAGUUCUACAACCGUCCCUGGGGCCCCGUCACGCGGCCGAAGAAAUAAUCGGAUACGAUCCGUCAAGUGUCCUGUCUGCUCGGUGGUGUUGACCGCCGAAGAUCUGCGCAGUGAUCCCGUCCUGCUACGCAGAGUCCGUCGCGCCGAAGCAGCCUCCCAGCGGGAAGCGGAGGAUGACGAGCUGGAUGCUGAUGGGAACCCCCGGAGGCGACCUCGGGAAGGGCGCAAGAGUGGGGGUGGCAUGCAUCAGGAGCCAACCGAUGCCGCUAUUCGGAUCAAGCAGGAAAGAUUGUCACAGGCUCAAAGUGCGCUGUCAGACGAUAUGGAUGAUGACGAGUAGCUCCAUGGCUUGCUCUAACGUAGAGUAGUCAUCAGUAUGAUCUACCUAUAUCUCUUCGCCGGUGCUACGAUAGCGAGGUAACCCUUUUUUUGAGUGAUAUUGAGACUUGAAAGCCAUAACGCAUAAAUACAAGGACACCUUGCAA